AUGGCUUCAAUUACCAUAGAGAAGGCCACUAAGCCUGGUCAAUUGAUCGUUACUACCCAACAACUCCGCCCACCUAGCAACGAGAGGAGCCUAGAAGGUAGGGAGUUGCGCCGAGGUUCUAACGUAUCGACGCCAAAUUCUACUACCGCUUCGAACGGAUUCGACACUGACAUAGAAGCAAUGAUGCCUGUCAAAUCCUCUGAACACCUGAACAAGACAUCAACCAUCGGAACUAGGCGAAAAUCAGAUUGUCCUGUCUGGCCUGGACAAGAACACUGGCAGCAAAAGGCACAGGCGGCCAAAAUCAACAACAGAUCUUGCCAGUGCAUAGCUCGUCUUAGCAAGAGGAACAGAAUCAUUGCUAAAAUCCUCAUUGGUCUAUUGAUAGUGGGCAUUGCCGUUGGUAUUGGCUUCGGUAUCAGCAAACCUCUCGGCGCGGGCAUCUGGCAGCCUUCGAACCACUGA